CUCGCGCCUGCGCAGUGAGUGUCGACGGCCUCGAGCGCCUAGGCGGGAGGUGUUUCUGAAUGAGAGAAGAGAGCCGCUACAAGUGGACGUGGCUCAACAGGCUUUAGGAUGUCCGAAGAUGAAGAAAAGGUGAAGUUACGCCGACUUGAGCCAGCUAUCCAGAAAUUCACUAAGAUAGUGAUCCCAACAGACCUGGAGAGGUUAAGAAAACACCAGGUAAACAUUGAGAAGUAUCAGCGAUGCAGAAUUUGGGACAAAUUGCAUGAAGAACACAUCAAUGCAGGGCGCACUGUUCAGCAACUCCGCUCCAAUAUCCGAGAAAUGGAAAAGCUUUGCUUGAAAGUUCACAAGGAUGACCUGGUUCUUCUGAAGAGGAUGAUCGAUCCUGUUAAGGAAGCAGCAGCAGCAGCCACAGCAGAGUUUCUCCAGAUCCACUUGGAGUCUGUUGAAGAACUCAAGAAACAAUUUAAUGAGGAAGAAGCUUUAUUACAGCCUUCUCUGACCAGAUCCACGACUGUUGGUGGAGCACUCCACGCUGCAGAGGCCGAAGCUGCUUCUCAGAGUCUGACUCAGAUAUAUGCCUUGCCUGAAAUUCCUCGAGACCAAAGUGCUGCCGAAUCCUGGGAUAACUUAGAAGCGGACUUAAUCGAACUUAGCCACCUGGUCACUGAUUUCUCCCUCCUAGUGAAUUCUCAGCAGGAGAAGAUUGACAGCAUCGCAGACCAGGUCAGCAGUGCCGCUGUGAAUGUUGAAGAGGGAACCAAAAACUUGGGGAAGGCUGCAAAAUACAAGCUGGCAGCUCUGCCUGUGGCAGGUGCACUCAUCGGAGGAGUGGUGGGGGGUCCCAUCGGCCUCCUCGCAGGCUUCAAAGUGGCAGGAAUUGCAGCUGCACUUGGUGGUGGGGUGUUGGGCUUCACAGGUGGAAAAUUGAUACAAAGAAGGAAACAGAAAAUGAUGGAGAAGCUCACUUCCAGCUGUCCAGACCUCCCUAGCCAAAGCGACAAAAAAUGCAGCUAAAGCUCAGGCUUCCACCUGGGGCCAGUGUGUCCACCCUACAGAGCACCUCGCUGUUGCAAAGUGCUCAGCUACUGGACAGUGUCAGCAAGCCCUUCUCCAUGGCCAUGUGCUGUUGAGCCUCCAUCACUGGAUGUAUUUGUUUGCUGGCUGUUAAUGGAGCUGUUAGGAGUGGAGGAGCCUGGGCCGAGGGUGUGUGAUGUCUGUCAGGUCCAGUUUAAAGACUGCCAAAGAGCAAAUAUUCUGCCUGGAAAUGUGAAGAUUGAACCUAUAACUCUAAGGAUCUAAGAUGUGUAGAAAUGUAUUGGGCACAUGAGGGUCAAUAUGUUUGUAGAUUAUUUCCUCCUGUAGGGAGAAACAGAAUGUGAGUUUGGGAGUCUUUCUGUCAGGUAGGGAUGUUGUCGCCUAACAAGGGGUGCAGGCAAACUAUUUCUGUACUUGGGGACUGAUUGUACUUGGAUCCAUCUAUAUUUUCUGGUGAAGGAAAUUAAUACUAUAAAAUGGAAAGAGGAGUCCACAUUCUCUUUACAGACUGUUCAUUAUGACAUGGGUGUCUUUUCUGAAGUCUUCCUUGCCUCUCCAGAUAAAGAGUACAGAAUCUCAUAGCUGGAUCUACUAACCCAGCCACCACGCCCACUUGCAGCUGGUGAUUCUGAAGGUUCUCUGCUUCUAGGGUGAAUUCUAUCCAUGAAAUGAGGAUUUUUCUCAUAAUUCCCAUUUUUUUCAUAUAAUUUUCCAUCUCUAGUUACCCCUUCCUGUAAUCUCUUAAAUUGAAAAAAAGAAAAUUUAAAUAUUUCCAGCAUUUUGGGGCAGAAGGAAGUACAAGAUCACAUCCUGGGCACUGUAGGACUUCCAGGGGCUGACAUACCUGCUGCCUCCAGGGGUCUGAGCCUCUCAGUCCUCUGAUGAGUUGAGAAGGAGCUUUCUGCCCCACUUCUGUCCUGCUUCCCUUUCCCAGGUCAUUCCUGUCCUACAGUUUUUACGGCCGCCUUCCUCUCAGUGUACACACUUCUCUCCUGCUCUAGAUGCCAAGGCCAAGAUUCAGACCCGAUGCAAGCUCUGUGGUGCUAACAUGGACAGCAGACAUGGUCCAGUCCAGCUCCAUGUCUGUCUCAAACAAAAAGUUUUGAAAUUUAGAGAAAAGGAAUUUAAGACUAUAGGCAGCCUCAUCCUGUAUCCCAACUCAUUUGAGAUAGGAGGGAGCCACUGGUUGCCUCAUUUUUUAAUCUCUCCUGAGGAGAAAGCACGGUCAGCCAGGAGCAUGGGUUCAAGCACUGUGGGGUGGUGGCUCACUCCUUUAAUCCCAGCACUUUGGAGGCAGAGGUAGGUAGAUUGCUGUGAGUUGGAGGCCAGCCUGGUCUACAAGAACAGCUAGGCUGUUACACAGAGAAACACUGUCUCAGAAACAAAGCAAAACAAAAACAAAGAGCUGUGUUGAUGUUUGGCCUCUGUUGAUUGCUACCUUUCCCACUCUGUCCGAAGAUCCUUCCCUUUAAUGUUUUUUGAGUCUUGCUAAUGCAUUCCUAUGAAACAAAGCACUAUAUUGUAUUAAACUAUCGGGAAGUAGCAAGUAUUUGUUAUCUGCUGACUUAAGACAUUAAUAUCAAAAAGAGGAAGUACUUUGAAUGAGUGUUGGAUUGUGAUCAUUGUCUGACACUGGGAAUUAAGUAUUUGGAGUAAUUAUUUUUAACUUCAUCCUUUUUUCUCUGUUUCUUGCUGCUCCUUUAAGUUGGGCAUGUCAAACCUGAACAGGAGGCAGAACUCAUCCCAAUUUGAUUUAAAAUAAGAUUCCUUUUAAAUUUUGUUUUGUUUUUCAAGAUGUAUAUCCUGUGUAUCCCUGGCUGUCUUGGAAAUCACUCUGUAAACCAGUUUGGCCUUGAACUAGAGAUGCUCUUGUUUCUGCCUUGGAUUGCUGGGAUUAAAGGCACGUGCCACUACCACACCACCUGACUAUAACAAGAUCCCUGAACCUCCAUCAUCAUGGGUAAUUCUGAUACAGCCAGUCCAGCCUGCUUAGCUGGAAUUCUCAGAAUAAGCUUUGUUAUCUGAUUGUUUAGUCUCCUGUGUUCUACAUCAUCUUCCUCAUUGCUUAGUACUUAUUCUGCCAGUCCCAAAGGGCCACUCAGUCAGUGUACCAUAACAGCCACAGCACGAAGAACCAGGAUGAGGCUUUGCAUUUUCCCUGAGCCAGUGUGGGAACUGUUGACAUGACCAGGAACUGUCAGUAUUGGGCUUUAGAUUCUAGCCAUCUAAAUGCUUAAGGAAGUUACAGUCUUCUUUAAAAUUUUAUACUUUUGAAUUACUUAGAAAUUAUACCUCAUUUCCCUACAAUAACCUUUUGUGGAAAUUGCUUAGAAGUGUUUAAUCAACUUUAAAUUAUAUAAAGUACUUAAAGGUAUAAAUUAGUCAAUAUGACACAGAAGUGAUCUUAAAAUUGAACUUAAUAUGCCCCAUAGUGUCAAGUUAAAUUUAUCUUCUCUAUGAUUUAUGUCUUAUUUUUAUUUCAACCAGUUAAAAAGCACCACUUUAAUUAAGGUUGUAAAAUUUGUAGAUUUUACGUAAAAUUACUCAUUUCAGUAAUAGUAGCACUCCUAAAGACUCUUUUUGAUGCUAUAAUCUGAGAAUUUCUCUGAAAUUUUGGUGUAACCCAUAGUAAAAAAAAUGUAUUAAAAUUGAACGUAUAUACAUGAAAAAUGUUUCUCA